CCUCAAAUGAUGCUCCAGCGCCAGAAGCAGCAUAAGUUUGUCAUCGUCCGGAGAAAAAGGAGCACCCCGGUUCUUGCCCAUUUCAGCAGCGCGAUUUGCAUCCUUCUCCUGGACGUGCCAAGGCUCCGGUUGUGAUUUUCCUUGGGACGGUGGAGACCCGCGCGCCUGCCCUGCACAUCAGGCGACACGCUGCGGGCUGCGGAGCUGUGUUUGCUGCUGUGACCCGCCAACGUGCCUCUGCUGGUUCCGUCCCGCCUCUUAUACUUCAUUUAUCCGUGAACCAUUUAGAGAGUCCGUCUUGUAAAUGUUCAGUACUUUGCUGCUUUACUGCUUCUUUCUGGGGACUGUGCCAGCGCUUGCCGAGACCGGCGAAGAGAGGCGACUGAGCCGGGAGAAGAGCGAAAUAUGGGGACCCGGGCUAAAAGCGAAUGUCGUCCUCCCUGCCCGCUAUUUCUAUAUUCAGGCGGUGGAUACAUUAGGGAACAGAUUUACAUCUUCUCCGGGUGAAAAAGUGUUCCAAGUGAAAAUCUCAGCACCAGAGGAACAAUUCACUAGAGUCGGAGUCCAGGUUUUAGACCGAAAGGAUGGGUCCUUCAUAGUAAGAUACAGAAUGUAUGCAAGCUAUAGAAAUCUGAAGAUAGAAGUUAAAUUCCAAGGUCAACAUGUGGCCCAAUCCCCAUAUAUUUUAAAAGGGCCAGUUUACCAUGAGAAUUGUGACUGUCCUGUGGAAGACAGUGAAGCCUGGCUGCAAGAGAUGGACUGCCCAGAAACCAUUACCCAGAUUCAGCAAGAUCUGGCACAUUUCCCUAUUGUCAAUCCAGAAAAGAUUGCAACAGAAAUUCCGAAAAGAUUUGGACAGAGGCAGAGCUUGUGUCAUUACACCUUGAAGGAUAACAAGGUUUAUAUCAAGACUCACGGUGAACAUGUAGGUUUUAGAAUUUUCAUGGAUGCCAUACUACUUUCUUUGACUAGAAAGGUGAAGAUGCCAGAUGUGGAGUUUUUUGUUAACUUAGGAGACUGGCCUUUGGAAAAAAAGAAAUCCAAUUAUAACAUCCAUCCAAUCUUUUCCUGGUGUGGCUCCACGGAUUCCAAGGAUAUUGUGAUGCCCACCUAUGACUUGACUGACUCUGUUCUAGAAACCAUGGGCCGAGUAAGUCUGGAUAUGAUGUCUGUGCAAGCUAACACGGGUCCUCCCUGGGAAAGCAAAAACUCCACAGCUCUCUGGAGAGGGCGAGACAGCAGAAAAGAGAGACUCGAGCUGGUUAAACUCAGUAGAAAACACCCGGAACUUAUAGAUGCUGCUUUCACCAACUUUUUCUUCUUUAAACAUGAUGAAAACCUGUAUGGUCCCAUUGUGAAACACAUUUCGUUUUUUGAUUUCUUCAAGCAUAAGUACCAAAUCAAUAUCGAUGGCACUGUGGCAGCUUAUCGUCUGCCAUACCUGCUGGUUGGUGACAGCGUUGUGCUGAAGCAGGACUCCAUCUACUAUGAACACUUUUACAAUGAGCUGCAGCCCUGGAAACACUACAUUCCAGUUAAAAGCAACCUGAGUGAUCUGCUGGAAAACCUUAAAUGGGCAAAAGAUCACGAUGAAGAGGCAAAAAAGAUAGCCAAAGCAGGACAAGAAUUUGCAAGAGACAAUCUCAUGGGUGAUGACAUAUUCUGUUAUUAUUUCAAACUUUUCCAGGAAUAUGCCAAUUUACAAGUGAGUGAGCCCCAGAUCCGAGAUGGUAUGAAAAGGGUAGAACCACAGACCGAGGACGACCUCUUUCCUUGCACGUGCCAUAGGAAAAAGUGUUCUGUUCAGUUUUUUAACUGAUUGGAUAAGGCUGAACUGAUUGGAUAAGGCCCACUCACAUUAUGGGAGAUAAUUUACUUCACUCAAAGUUUACUAACAACGUCAAUCUCAUCAUCAAAAAACACCUUCACAGAAACAUAUAGAAUGACAUUUAAUCAUGUGUCUAGGCACCAUGGACAAGCCAACCUGACGAUCAUUCAAGAAAUAUUUAUUGAGUACCUGAUAUGGCAGACAUCGUACUAAGCUCUGAGGAUCCAACAGUGAGCAGUUGCUUUCUAUUCUGGAAAAAGAAUGAAAAUAAAAAAGUAAAAAAUAAAGAAACAAGAUAACUAUUAAUCACGAUAGAUAAAAAGAGGGUAUCACAGAGAGAAAUUGGUUUGUUCCUCUGGGUUGGAUAGUGAUGGCUACUUUAGAUGGGUCAUCAAAGAUGCUCCAGAUUUUUCACUGUUAAGUAAAAUGUUGGCCAUGGUUUAUAGUAAACAACCACUAUUAAAACAUCAAAUUUUUAAUUUAGUACUAACUAAAGGUUUUUUAAUAGGAAGGGCAUUAUAUGUUAUUAAAUAUUUUGGGGGCAUCUCUUGCCAUGUUCAUGUUUUUUGUUGAUUUUGUUUUGUUUUUGCUGCAUUAGUCUGUAAUGGAUUAUAUUAAUAGUAUUCUAAAUGUGAAACAUUAUUAAAACUCCAAGGUCAUCACAUAUUAUUACUUUAACGCAUGGCUGAAUUAAUUGUGCUAAUAUUUAAUUUAGGAUAUUUCCAACUAUAGCCCACAUGCCAAAUCUGGGCCAUCACCACUAUUUGUUCAGCCUGCAAAGUAAGAAGUGGUUGGAAAAAAUCAAAAGAACAAUAUUUCAUAACUUGUGAAAUACAUGAUGUUCAAAUUGUGAUCCAUAAAUGAAGCUUUUAGAGUAGUUUCCUAUCAUGGCUGUGACACAUUACCACAAAUGGGGUGGUCAAAAACAAGACAAAUAGAUUCUUUUACAGUUCUGGAGUUCAGACUCUGAUAUCAGUUUCAUUGGGCCAAUGUCAAGAUGCUGGCAAGGCUGGUUCCUUCUGGAAUCUCUUAAGGGGAGAAAACUUUUGCUUGCCUCUUCUGGCUUGUAGAGCUGCAUACCUUACAUUUCUCAUGCUGGGCCUCCUCCCUCCAGCCAGCAGCUUGGCCUCCUCAAAUCUGUUUCCGUUGUUGCGCUGCUUUCUGUCUCUCCAAAUGGUGCAGCUGUAUUAUUCAUCACAGCCCCACAGUGGAGACCAUCCAAACGUCCACCAGCUGGUGAAUGGAUACACAAAGUUGCUGAAUACUAUUGAGAAAUAACAAAAUAGGAGAAGCAACAAAGGGCUGACGCACGCCACGACAUGGAUGAACCUGGAGAACAUUAUUCUUGGCGCCAAGAAGCCAGACACAAAAGUCCUGUACGGUACGAGUCCAUUUAUAUGAAAUGUCUGGAAAAGACCAAUCUACAGAGACACAAAGUGUGUUGGUGGGUGCCCAGAGCAAAGAGGAGGAACAGUGAGUGAGGAUACAUGAGCACAGGUUUCUUUUGGAGCUAAUGGAAAUGUUCUAAAAUUAGAUUAUGGUGACGGUUACAAAUGGUUGUGAAAUUGCUGGAAAUCACUGAAUUGUACACUUCAAAUGAGUGAAUUUUAUGGCAAGU